UUUUACAUUAUAGCCCAUUUAAGCAAUAUUUUACCAUUUGAAGUGCCUUGUUUGUCACUUUGUAGAUGCCUUGUCUUGGCACAUGUAGCUUUGUGUUUGUUAUGCUGGAAACUCUGUGUCUUCAGUCACAUUCUUAAUAAUUUUUUGAUUCCUAAGCUGAUCUGUGCAUUGUUUGUGUUGUGUUUACAUUCAGCUGCAACUACACCAGGACGAAGUGCCAUCCCAACACCUGGGGGUAGAACAAGUAGAACGAAAAGCAGAAUUGGUGUCUCUCAGUCACAACCUGGUAGUCGGACAAAUAGCCGGUCUAGUUCCCCAUCAACACUCCGUAUACAGCAAGGCUUAGCUGUGAAUGGUAGCACAGCUACUGCAGCACGAAGACGCAAUAAGAGCGGGAUACCAGUGCCUCGUAGUCAGGGCACCAGUAGGGAAGCCAGCCCCAGCAGAUACAAUUUUGCUUCUCGAGAUCGUCGACUGAGUAAUUCUUCAGGGAGUCAGACCCAGAAAGAGGUGAACCAUAAGGGCAAUAUCUUAACACAACGAGUCUUGGAACCAGGGCAAGAUGCUGAGACAGCGCUUGCUAUGGCCUUGGAGGAUCAAAUUGCCCUAGAUGACCCCUCACUUGGCGACAGUGAGUUGGUGGGUCUUGACCAGGAACUUGUUGACUCGAUAGAAAACGAGCUGUUCUUGAGAAAAAUACAGUCUCAACAGGCAAAAGCAAGUCGUAGGAGAUGGGAUAGUUACUCCGAUGAUGAGAGUGAAACCUCUAGUGUGUGCUCAGUGGGAUCGUUUGGUUCAGGCAGGGAACGUGCUUUUGAGGACAUUUCGGAGAUUCUCAACAAAAUGGCUAGUCCAGGCUGGUCAGAGAGGAAGGAGGGACUGAUAGGCAUGCAGAAUAUUCUCCAGAGCUCUAGGCCUCUUAGUCGGGCAGAGUUGAAGAGGGCCCAGGAUAUUUUCACACGAAUGUUUGCUGAUGCACACAGCAAGAUAUUUAGCCUUUUCCUGGAAACCCUCGUUGAGUUUGUCAUUGUCCACAAGGCAGACCUGUCUGAUUGGCUGUUUGUCUUGAUGACACGACUCCUGAUGAAGAUGGGAGCUGACCUCUUGGGCUCGGUGUUGCACAAAGUUCAAAGGGCACUAGAUGUUGUCAGGGAAGCAUUUCCUUAUGACCAGCAAUUCAAGAUUCUUACCAGGUUUAUUGUGGAUCAGACACAGACACCAAAUAACAAGGUCAAAGUUGCCUUACUACGCUACAUGGAGAGCCUGUCAGAGCUAAUGGAUCCAUCACAGUUUACCAAUUCUAGCGAAACUCGUCUGGCUGUUUCAAGAAUCAUCAGUUGGACAAAAGAAGCCAAGAGCCCUGAUGUCAGAAAGGCAUCUCAGUCUGUUCUGAUUGCUCUGUUUGAGCUCAACACACCUGAAUUCAGCGCAAUGCUAUCAGUGCUCCCCAAGACAUUCCAGGAUGGUGCCACCCGGCUUUUACAUAACCAUCUUCGCAACGCUACAGUCAAUGAAAAUGAGAGCAUAGCAGUUGACUUACAGCGGAAGGCAUCACCACGCUCACCUUACAAAGCCUCCCCUCGAUCUACUGACUCCUCACCCCGUGGCAGCUAUGCCAGUAAUGGACCACCUGAGAUAGAUGCUGAGAACAUGAACUCUGAGGACAUCUAUGACUCAUUGCGUCGUACCACAGCUGCCAUCCAAAACUUCACCUAUAGCAGCAGAGAUGACUUGGAUGCAUUCUUGAAGGAAGGCCAUCGUGUUGACAGUGACGAGGUAUCUGCAGAUAGUGGCAUCACAAGUUCCAUGACUGAUGUUAGGGUGGACAGUCCUCCAGGCAAGGUGAAGGCAUAUCAAGACUAUUUGCCGAUGUCCAAUGACACUGCUUAUGCGCGCCAACAGCAGCAGCAGCAGCAACUUAGCCUUGCCAACAUCCCUGCUUCAUUCUCUUCCUCUUCUGUUCCACACAACUCCUACUAUCCCAUCAUCCAUCGGGACAAUGGAAUAUCAGAUACCAGACUGACAGUUACUGAUGGUCCGUAUGAUGAUGAUCUAUUGAGUGAAGGUGAUCAUGUAGACAUCCUAGUGCCUCUUCUUACUGAGCUUUCAAACCACAAUCAAAGGUUUGAAGAAAGACGAACUGCUAUGAUGCAGCUGAUUAAGCUGACAAGAUCUGAGAGUGUGACCAUGUGGGAUAAUCACUUCAAGACAGUCCUGCUUCUUAUGCUGGAAACUCUUGGAGAUGUGGAGGCUUCCAUUCGAGCAAUGGCCCUUCGUGUCUUGAGGGAAAUCUUGCGCAACCAACCAGACAGAUUCAAAGAUUAUGCAGAGCUGACUAUUCUUAAGAUACUGGAGGCUCACAAAGAUCCACAGUCUGAGGUUGUUCGUGCUGCUGAGGAAACAUCAGCUACUUUGGCUCAUUCCAUAGCUCCUGAUCAGUGUGUACGAGUUCUGUGUCCUAUCAUACAAACGGCAGACUAUCCUAUCAAUCAGGCUGCCAUCAAGAUGUUGACCAAGGUAAUAGAAUUGAUGCCUGAGCUGGAACUGGAAGAAAUUGUCGCAGAAAUUGUCCCAGUAUUACUAAAGUCUUAUGAUCAUCCUGAGAGUAGUGUCCGGAAGGCUAGUGUCUUCUGUUUGGUGGCUAUUCAUAGUGUCAUAGGUGACAGACUGAAAGAGCAUCUUGGAAGCUUGUCAGGAAGCAAGACAAAACUUUUGAAUCUGUACAUCAAGAGAGCACAAUCAGAGAAGCAGACCAAUGUGCCAUCACCUAGCUCACCUUCAGCUUUGUCAAGUGGAAGCAGAUAGCUGUCCCAAGCAACAACAGACCACUGUGCCCUCACCUAGCUCAACCUCCGCUCUGUCAAGUGGAAGCAGGUCGCUGUCCCAAGCAACAGACCACUGUGCCAUCAUCUAGCACACCCCAGCUCCGUCAAGUGGAAGCAGGUGGCUGUCUCAAGCAGUAACAGACCACUGUGCCAUCAUCUAGCACACCCUCAGCACUGUCACAUAGAAGCUGAUCACCGUCCCAAGCAACAACAGACCACUGUGCCAUCACCCACAUGUAUAUGUAGCUCAACCUCAGCAUUGUCAAGUGGAAGCAGGUUGCUGUCCUAACCAAAAACAGACCACUGUGCCAUCAUCUAGCUCACCUUCAGCUCUGUCAAGUGGAAAGCAGGUUGCUUUCCCAAGCAGCAACAGACCAAUGUGCCCUCACCUAGCUUAACCUCAGCACUGUCAAGUGGAAGCAGAUCCCUAACCCAAGCAACAACAGACCACUGUGCCAUCAACUAGGUGACCUUCAGCUCCGUCAAGUGGAAGCAGGUGGCUGUCUCAAGCAGCAACAGACCACUGUGCCAUCAUCUAGCUCACCUUCAGCUCUGUCAAGUGGAAGCAGGUGGCUGUCCCAAACAACAACAGACCGCUGUGCCAUCAUCUAGCACACCCUCAGCACCGUCAUAUAGAAGCUGAUCACCGUCCCAAGUAACAGACCACUGUGCCAUCAUCUAGCACACCCUCAGCAACCGUCACAUAGAAGCUUAUCACCGUCCCAAGCAACAACAGACCACUGUGCCAUCACCUACAUGUACAUGUAGCUCAACCCCAGCACUGUCAAGUGCAAACCGAUCGCCGUCCCAAGCAAAACAGACCACUGUGCCAUCAUCUAGCACACCCUCAGCUCUGUCAAGUGGAAAGAGGUCACUGUCCCAAGCAAAACAGACCACUGUGCCAUCAUCUAGCUCAGACCAAUGUACCAUCAUCUUGCAUCAGAGUUUUGGGUGUUUUCUGAUUACAGUAGAAUAACACACUUGAAAACCAAAAAUUUAUGUAAUUCAAUUAAACUAUUAGUGCUUGAUAGCUUUGUUAGAAUUGUUAGAUUGAGUGCAAAUGACAUUCUUCAUCUAUUGGAGAAAUCUGUAUCUAACGAAGUUAAAGCAUUUGAACCAAAACAGCCUAUUUGAGUUUGGUCCAUAUUCCUGCCUGGCAUGGUGGAAGGUGAAUCCGAUGCUUUGAUGGAAAUGAUACUUCAGCUGUCUGUAUCUGCAGAGCCCAAUGUGAUAGAACUCACUUAAAUAUCGAUGUAAUGUCAUGUACUCUACCUGUACCAAAGUACAUAGGUAUAUCAUAGCAAUUUGUAAAAAUGUGCAACUACAUAAACUUCUUGAAAUGCAUAGUAUUAAUCAGUGAUCACAUUGUAAAGAUUUCUGUUGUGAACAUUUUUCACUGAUUGCCUCAUUUUGUUACAACAGUCAUAUUGAAAUACCCUUCAGUGUUGAAUUGUAACGAAGAAGUACUCACUGAAAGGUACUUCACAAGAGUAAUGUAAAUUGAAGUUAUACAUGUAAGUACAAAUUAAACAAACUUGUAGGUUGUGAGAUGUAAAAAUGCAGCUUUUACAGGUUCACAACUUUGGAAUUUGCCAUCCUAGAUUUUAUCAUUGGGCUUGCUGGUCAAAAGUGUGCAACUGUGCAGGGGUCAUCUUUGGGAUCACUGGCAAAAAAUGUUUCUUGUGCAUCAUUGUAGUACAUGUAUUUACUUACAUCAAUUUGACAUCUUGAAAAAUGCCUGAAUAUAUCACUUGCCAAUCUGGUAAACUCAUCACCCUCCCAGUUAGCACUGUGACAUAAAAUUGUGUUGUACCCUGUACAUCUGUCACAACUUUAAUGUAUUAAAGUUUCAAAUGAUCACAAUUUUACCAAAAUGUAAAAUAUGGAAGAUAAUCAUAAAAGAAAUAGAUACUUGAACCUUUGUGGCAUUGCUUAAGAUCUUGCACCAAAUUUACCCAUAUUUGCCAGACAUUUUGUUUUUAAAUCUUAAAUUCAUGUGAAAUUUUAAAUUUAGUCACUUUUAUUGCUGAAUGUUUUUGGUUUAUUUUUUCCCUGUGCUUCCAUGCAGCUGUACAGUAAAUUUUUUAAUCCUUAGGAAAGUUGGAUGCUAUCGCCUAAGUUGCCAGACUCUGAGACAGCAUUGAAAAACAAACAGAAAGUUCCUCGUAUCCAGAAAUUGGGAAUCAGAUUAGAAAUGUGUCCUUGUAUUCACAGAAAGAAACCAUUUUCUUUGAGUUUCUAGUUCCUCCUUGGCCAAAAAAACAUCAAAACUACUACAUGUACAUGUCUACUAUAGUUGGCCAAAUAAAAGUGGGUAUGAAUGGUUUGUGUGUCAGCAUUGAUUGUUCAAAAAUUAUAAUCUAAGCUCAAAUCAGAGUCCAUUUUGGAAAUUAUUUUUUUUUCUGGUUUGUUUGUGUAAUGCGCAAGUGACAACUUUUGCUGUAAGACAAGUCAAAGAGUGACUGUUAAACCACAAACUGUUUAUUCUUGAGCACAUCACAAACCACGGUUGGUCCAAGAUCAUGGUACUGAAGCAAACCUACCAUGGAGAUAUUCUUCUUAGGUUAAUUACACAUUGUUUUGCACAGAUGUCUAGGUGUGAGAUGCCUCAAUCUUAGAUUGCAUUGUUGACUUUAACAACUUUUCUUGUAUUUGGUAAACAGGGUUUUAGUUCAGACAUUUCAACAGUAAAAAAUUUGCAUGUCAGGUUCAGAGCAUUAUCAUGUAGUCAGAAAAUUCCAAUUUGUUUUUAGAAGGGCUUGUAGGUGAUUAUAAACCAAACAUGAAUUUUAUGCAUUGAAGGAACUUGAUUCUUACAUCUUCCGAAUCUAAAAAUAUGAUUGUUUGACACUGGCCCCGACUGUUAUUCCCAUUUCCCUUUGCAGACUGAUGGUCAGUGUAAAGGUUUUUGGGGAAGAUCAGGAUUUUGUUAGAAGUUUUUUCUUUAAAAGCAGUGACCUCUUGGGAGAUUUUCCCAGUUGGUUAAGAAAGUUUAUCAAUUUAUUAAAUUUGUGAGGUUACAUGGAUUGUCACUGUUUAAAAACACUUCUUGCAGAAAAUUCUUUCUUAUUAAAUGUUCUUUAUCAGUUGAAAUAUAAUAUUUGUCAGACUUGCUUAAAACAUCAUGCCAUCACUGCUUGAUGGGCCACCGUCAUGUGUAAGACUUUGUAGAUGUACUUCCCAGCCAUGUUUCAUGACCGCAUUAUGCUUUGAUGGACAGCUUGUGUCUGUAGAGAAAACUGGAAUAACCAUCUUCAAAUACAUCGCCCUUUACAUUCAUUACGUGUAGGGUAUCAGUGCCAUGCAUGUUGGAGUUUAGUCCUUUUUUACAUUCUGAACAUGGUCUGUGAUUGGACAAAGACUAUACCUUUGUGAUGUCAUUGUUCAUUGUAUAGAUAAACUGUGCAUUGGUCCUGUAAGGUGUUAAUUAACUGAAGAGAUAUUGUAAAUAUAUGUAUGUGACACUAGCUACUUAAAUGGCAAUUUGGGAAAGGUUUGUUUUGUCUUGCUGUUAUAUUGGACAUGGAAUAUGACUUUGCAGGCAGAUUGAUGACUAGAUUUGUUUUAUUUCUGUACAAAUUUGGUUCUGUUCAAUGUUUUUUGUUCAUAGCAAGCUUUUGCGGCCUUGGUUUCUUUUACAUUCAAGGUGUUGAUGGUUUCGUACAUUAACUUUUUCCAUGAGGCCUGAUAUUUGAGUUUUUUAAUUGAUUAGAAGUAGUAAUUCAAACUUGCUAUACAGAACCAAUCAGCUACAGUUAUUUGCUACAAGCUUAUUUGAUUGGCUGAGAACAAUCAUGUGUUGUUGCAUUUGGCUCAUGGGCUUGUUGUAUAAGUCAUGUAAAUAGCAGCAAAUACAAUAAAGAUUAGUGUCAGUUGAAA